AUGCUUCCCUCUUUCAGCAGCCUGGUCGCAGCAGCACUUGCUCUCGCCGUCCUUGGACAAGCAGCCCCUGGUUGUCGCUGGAGAGAUAUGAUGGCCGUUGUCGCGGACGAAGCGUUUUGGAGCACAGACGGCCCAAGAUUCGACUUUACAAUCAAAUUCGAGGACGCAAUCUUUAGCUUGGGUCUCUCUGGGUGCUUUGUGAUUGCUUCAGUCUUGUCCUACUUUCAUUUUUACAAAUCACCAAUCUACGUUCGGACAACGGCGCUCUUGUGGACGAAGCUGUCCGUUGCCGUCUUGCUCAUUUGCACUGAGAUAGCUUUUUUGGGUGUCAAAGUCACUUUGAGUGGCCGCCGCACAAACAUCACCCUCACUGCCGCAGCAAUCGAUCUGCUCGCUUCGUUGUGCAUAGGCUGCAUUAUUCGUGCAGAUCAUCAGCGGUCUCUUCGCUCGUCCGCCUGGCUCAGCUUCUUUCUCUUUGUCAAUUUUCUUACAGACGCAGCAAGAAGCCGUUCUUACUUUCUCCGCCCAGGUCUUGCGACCCUUGGCGCCCUAGCUGCGGCCACCAGCUCACUCAAGCUCACUCUUGUCGCACUCCAAGAAGUCUCAAAACGGUCGCUAUUAAUCAAUGAUGCUCUGCGAGAAAAUACUGGGCCAGAAGCCACGUGUGGUCCGGUCCGAAGACUGCUUUUUGUCUUCCUCUAUCCAAUCUUUGAGAUUGGCUUUCGGGGGCCGCUGCUGAUGCAGCAUUUAGACCGACUCGACCCGGAACUAUCAUCCCAGGUUCUUCACAAACAACUGUCGGAGCACUGGCAGCCUCGCCCGGAUAGUAGGCCGGUGGGGAGAAAUGAGCUCCUAUGGGCCUGCCUCAGGACGUGGAACGUUCGCCUCCUUGUCUUGACAAUUUGUCGACUUGCUGUCACUGGGUUCAAUUUUGCACAACCGUUCGUCAUCCGUUGCGUUCUUACUUUGGUUGGCAGAAAAGGUACCCGGCCACACGAAAUGCAAGAGAGGGGCGGAGCAGUCGCGGCCGCGGCCAUGGUGUACUUUGGCCUCGCAUUUUCCCGGACAGUGUUUACGCAUCAAACAAAUCGACUUUCUACCAUGCUGCGAGGCGGUUUGAUUACCUGCUUGUUUCACAAGGCGCACAAGCUGGCUGAAGCCGAAGCGAAGAAAGCGGCAGCUGUAACAUUGAUGAGCGCCGAUCUGGACGGCAUCACUGCUGGGAUUCCACAGUGUCUGGAAAUACCUAUUGGCGCGAUUGAGCUCAGCCUCGGUAUAUACCUGCUAUCAGACUACAUUGGCGUUUCUUCUCUGACUGUGCUGGCCCCAUUGGUGGUGACUACAAUUGUAGCUUAUUUUAUAGGCUGCAGUAUGUCGCCGCGAAUACUGGAUUGGAACAGGAGCAUUGAGCAUAGGAUUGCGCAAACGGGCAAGAUUCUGCCCCAGCUAACUUGCAUCAAAAUGCUGGGUCUGGGUCCAACGAUUGGGACAAUGCUGCAACAUCUUCGACUCGCAGAGAUUGAGGUCUCCAAGCAUUAUCGGCGGCUGGAGGCUCUGUCUGUGGGACCAAUCGUGUUUGGUGACUUGUUGACGCCUGUCAUUGUCAUUGCCUCGGCAUUCUUUGGAACUGCUUUUCAUCACCGCAUAGCAGCGGUCAAAGUGUUUCCCAUGCUCGCCAUUGUUUCACUGAUAGAACGACCUCUCGCCGCCCUCUUGACUACAGUGUCUACCUUUUCGAGCACACUUGCGUGUUUUUCUCGGAUCCAGGCAUUUCUCAUCUUACCUGAAAGAAAAGACUCCAGAACCAAACUUGGCUCAAGAAUGACCGCCCAAGACAGCUGCGCCUCGGCUCCGAAUACGCAGAGCAUCAUCAGGUUCAACCAUGCCGACAUUGCGCCGCUAGGAGAAACCAAACCUUUGCUAGCAAAUGUUCACUUUGAGCUUACCCCUGGUUCAAUAACCGGCGUACUUGGACCUACAGGCUCUGGUAAAUCAAUUCUUCUCGAGUCAUUACUUGGAGAGACGGAAGUUUUGGGCGGCUCGGUGGAAGUCGACUCUGCUGACAUUGCGUAUUGUGGCCAAAAAGUCUGGCUACGCAAUACAUCAAUCAGACAAAACGUGAUUGGCAAUCUUGCAUAUGAUUCGGAAAAGUUUCGACGAGUUAUCCAAGCCUGUUUUCUCGAUGAUGACCUUGCUUGGCUGCCCGAGGGUGAAGAGUACGUCGUGGGCGCAAAUGGUGCCAAUCUCAGUGGUGGCCAACGACAGCGCGUGGCCAUGGCCCGGACUGCAUACGCCGAGACUGCCAUUGUCGUCCUAGAUGAUGUAUUCAGCUCGCUCGACUCAGUCACUGCCAUCUGUAUCCUCCAUCAACUGUGCGGCACCAACGGUCUUUUCCGCCAGGCCGGAUCCACGGUGCUGCUUGCUACCUACCUACCCCAGAGCCGAAUUGUGACGGACCAGCUCCUCUUUCUCGACGGAAAAGGCACAGCUACUUUGAGCACGCAAUUUCAAAACCCAGCAUACACUGAUUAUCUUGUCGCUUCCCUCGUGCCCAUGAAUAGAAAUGUGCCUCUUGUGGACGAGGAUAAAGAGCAGGAAAUCGUUCGCAGAUCAUUAGAGGCCACUGCGCCUGGCGCAAGUAGUCUUGACAAUGCGAAUCUUCGACAGCAAGGAGGCUUUGGACUAUACAGCCUCUUCGUAAAUCCCAUUGGGAAGAUCAAAUUUGCUCUGCACGCCCUCUUUGUUUCAUUUGGCUCUGCACUCGAAGUCUUUCCUGGCAUCUAUAUCCGUGUCUGGAUUCAGGUAGACCCCGAGAGCUCUGUUUUCUUCGUUGGUUAUGUGGCCGUUGCCAUGGCUGCAUGCAUUGUUGGCUUCUUGGAGUACUGGAUACUUCAUACGAAGCUCUCUCCGCGACCAUCGGCCUCUCUCCAUGAGAAGAUUGUGACGACUACGUUGGGCAGCACGCUGGCAUUUUAUUCGGCAACCAAAACUGGCAGUUUGUUGAAUCUGUACAGCCAAGACAUGACUCUAAUCUCACGAGGACUGCCGGGGGCAUACAUGAAGACCAUAUACGCCAGCUCCAAUGCAGUCAUUAAUACGGGCAUCAUACUUUCUGGGGCCACCUACCUCGCAAUCAUCUUGCCUUUUAUGUUUAUUAUUCUGUUUUUCAUCCAGCGCUACUAUCUUCGGACAUCGCGACAGGUACGUCACUUGGACCUUGAAAUGAAGACACCUCUCUAUACAUUCUUCGAGGAGACGGCCGCAGGGUUGACGCACAUUCGGGCCUUUGGCUGGGAAGCAUCAAACAUGGAAUCCGGGCUUGCAGCUCUAGAAGAGUCCCAGAAACCUGUCUACACCCUGGCAGCAAUCCAAGCCUGGUUGUCACUCGUGCUUGGUCUCCUCACGGCUUUGAUCGGAGCGCUGCUUGUGUCAAUUACUCUUUUAAUAAGAGGAAGCUCGUCGCAGCCGGCCGUCGGGUUGUCUUUUAUGGGACUUCUUUAUCUCAGCCAAGCACUUGAGAGUACAAUCACGGCAUUUACAACGAUGGAGACGUCAUCCAGCGCACUGGCCAGAAUAUUCAUGUUUGAGAGAGAUACACCACAAGAGACCAAGGAGUCCGAGGUCCAGUUGCCGGCUCAUUGGCCCUCGUCUGGCCAUAUACAGCUCCAAAACGUAUUUGCGUAUUACUCUCGCGAUGCUGAAGCAAGACCAGCACUUCAAAAUCUCUCCCUCGUGGUCUAUCCAGGUGAAAGACUUGGUGUAGCUGGGCGCAGUGGCAGCGGCAAAACGUCUCUUAUGCUGACGCUGCUGGGCUUCCUCGAGUUUGACGGUCAUAUUGAGAUUGAUGGGAUCAAUAUCUCACAUGUUGCACCAGACGAAUUGCGUGCCCGUUUCAUCACCAUCACACAAGACCAAGUACGGUUCGACACAACCAUCAGGAUGAACAUGUUGCCGUUUUCUAUCAACGAGGUCAAAGGAACGUCAGUCGAAGAUGUGGAAAAAGCCAUGGAAAAGGAUCGCGACCUUGAACAACUACUCAAAGACUUGCAUUUAUGGGCUCCGACAGUUGACAAAGGCGGGCUUGACGCAAUGCUGGACAGCGUCGGCUAUUCAAAAGGUCAGCUUCAAUUGCUGUGUAUCGCGCGAGCCAUCUUGCGUCAGCGAGACACUGGAUCGAGGAUUAUACUGGUCGAUGAGGCAACCAGUAGUGUUGAUGCCGAGACCGAGAGGAUUGUGCAUCGGGCAAUGGAAGAGAAUUUUGUGGGCUGUACGAUCUUGACAAUUGCGCAUCGUCAGUCUAGUCUUGAUGGUGUUGACCGCAUUAUUCGUCUUCAUCAGGGUGCCCUGGCCGCCGCCGAGGACACGGAUUCCGACUCUGGGGAUGAUUGA